CAGUCACGACGACGACGACGACGACAAGCUGUUCAUCAUCGACCACGACGGUGACGACGGUAGCUUCAGGAUGAAUAAAAAUCCUUUUAUACCGCAACCGACGUACAACCCGCCGCAACCACCACUUCCUCCAGGUCCACCGCCUGCUGCACCUCCAGAUUAUUCCGCCUACUGGAUGGCGGCAGCCCAGCAGCAACAACAACAACAGGCGACUCCAGCUUAUACUCCAGCAUGGUCUCCUCCUCAGCAGCCACCAAGACCACCUCCCGAACAAAGUGCUUUAUAUGCAAACUACGGUUAUGGUGGUCAGGGCAUGCACUGGCAGCAAAGACAUCCUCAUCCUCAGCAACAACAAUAUCAGCCACCACCACCCGUGGUACAACCUCCUCCACCUCCGCCACAGCAGCAGUACAACCCGUAUCAACCGUCCGUUGGCUAUCAGCAACCGUAUGUUCCUCAACCUCCCCAACAGCCAAUCGUGGCGCAGCAGCAACCUGUUUACCAGCAUCCGACCCAAACAAUGGCUCCCCCGCAAUCAUAUUUUCCUCAACAGCAACCACCCCAGCAGCAGCAGCAGCCUCGACAUAACCAUGGUCUUCAUCACACCCCACCUCAACAUCUCCCCCCUGCCAAACGUCAACGGUUUGAUGGCCCGAAUCAACACCACGGUCAGAAUCGACAACUUGGUCCGUCCCCUCCACAACCUCAGUUUCAACCUCCUCCUGCACCCCCGGGAAGUGUUGGCCUUUAUCCCCAGAACCAAGGGCCGGGUCAAGGGCAGCCUGGUGCAAAUCAGAUGCCCCUAGGUGGUAACCGAGGUGGAAUGGGAGGAAGAGGAGGUAAUAUGAACUCCGGCAGAGGAAGAGGUGCCGUCAUGAGCGGAAACCGGGGAGGUUUGACCGGACAACGCGGCGGCAGAGGCGGCAGCAUGUUCAUGAAUAAUAGCAGCGGACGAGGCGGCGCUGCUGGUCAACAAAAUUCCCUGCGUGGACACGGCUCGAGAGGCGGCUUCGGCAAGGACUUUCACGGUCGCAGAGGAGGCGGGUCGUUCAAUGCCGGACAUCAACACCAUCAAAACAGUGCUGCUUUCCGUGGACGGGGACAAGGUCAUGCUUCAGGUCGUGCAGGUCGUCAGGAUGGUAGUACAAAUUUUGGAAACCGUGAUGCAUCGCAAUUCGCAAGCAGCGGUAAGAAGGACGAAAAUCGACGCACGCUCACUGACUUUAAAAUUGUGGGCCUCGAGAUGCCUGAACUUGGAUGGACGUGGGGAGUGCUUCCCUCGCCUAUAAAGGCUGAAGAAAAAGAGGUCGCUGCUUCUCUUUUGGAUUCCUCACAAGAAGCUAAGGAUGAAGACAUGCUUACUGGUGCCACAAAAUCAGACACAGCAACAACAGCAGACGCGGCAGAUACGAAGGCGGAUGCAUCCUACCAGGAGCAGUCGUCCUCGUUGACCACGCCUCCACCAUCUCGCAUUCGCAUUUAUUUCCACACUCCUGUUUCUCCCGAUGACUCGCAUCCCAUUCCGCAUAAUUCUUCAUAUACUGCACCUCCAGACACGCGCAAAGGCAAGCGCAAAAAGCUUGAGGAUGAUGAUGGCGAUGCAGAGGAAGGUCGAGAAAGACCGCCUCCUCCUCGCGGCAGCCAGAUGGACGAUAAUAUCAGUGUUGACAUGGAUGGAGUGGGCCGCGGCAGCGCAGCGCCCAGCGUGGCAGAAACUGCAAGUGAGGGCGAUUGGCUCAUGGCCGCUAUCGCUGAGGAUGAAGCCGAUCUUGGCGCCGAUGCCGAUGCCGAUGCAGCUACUACCGUUGAUGGUGUGGAUGAAGAGGAGAGCCAUGCUGCAAGUGAUCCCCAUUUCGUUCCUGCUACGAAUACUUUUCUCAAUGGGGAUGGUGUUGGGAAUGGCUCCCAUAGUACUGACAUGGACGGAAUUACCUCUUCAGGAGGUGUUCAUGAGCAGUCUGAUGGCUCACAUACUGGGGACAACGCUGUCCCGAAUGCUGAAGGAUCCAAGCCAUCAGCGUCCUCAGAUGUUGUUGCUGUUGACCUUGAUGCAUUCCAUGGUAGUGCUGCCGCUACACAGCCGAACUUGGACAUUUUGGUUUCUGCGCCUGAAGAGGGUGGCGAUACUUCGUCAGCCACCCAGCCUGUUGGCGAUGAAAAUGUUGAUAGGCUCUUUGAUUCAUCGGCUAUUCUAGCUGAUCCUUCUCAUGCUACUUCUUUGAGUGCUUCCUUUGACACGAGUUCUACUGGUCAUGAUUCUCCUGUUGUUCAGUCUGAUAUGCCUCAUAGCGAGAAACAGUCUGCUGAUCAUGCUGGGUAUCCUGAUACGCAGGUAUCCAACGCGCAGCCUUCUGGGUCGAAACCCCUUCAAGCAGAGGCGUCACUCGCAUCGACAAUUCACGACGAGGAUCUGGGUGUUGGCACAUACUCGGAAGAGCAAGUUGUCUUAGAGCUUACUGGCGAUAUUCCAAUGGAGCACGAAGUCGCUGUACAUGCCAAAGGUUCCACCGAUGUGGGGGAUCAAGAGCAUCUUCCUGAACCACCUGCGUCUCCUACUUCAAACACCUUGCUAUCGACCUCUUCCGGUUCAACGUAUGGUGAACCGUCGCAGUCUCAAGUGAGCACGGCAGUCUCGAAGGGUGGUCGAGUGCCAUCCGCAAACCGCCUGUCAAUAUCGUACGCUGCCGGCAGCAGGCGUUUGGUCGUGGACGCGGAAGUGGUCGAGCACUUGAAGGUCUACAGAUCUGAGGGUCGAAUUGAAGUUCACAUAUCCCUCGAGAAAGGUAGCGACGACGGCCUCAAGGGCGUUGUGAUUGAGGGACUUUCUGAUGCGACAAAAUCAUAUUCACCAUUACCAACGCUAUCUGACGCAUCCGGCGCUGAUGAGACUCUUCCUUCCUUCUCGAAGGCUACGCUGCCUUCAAAGAUCAGUUUAAUCGUCCAUCUUGAUACUGAGCGCCCAUUGUCGGAACCUAAGUGGGUUAAAUCGGGAGAUGUUCAGGAGUGGCUGAAGAGCAUGUUCGGAAGAAUGUUCUGGGUAGCAGGCGAUGCUGCCGAUGGGUGGGAGAAAAAGAUCGCAGUAGUAGAUCCCGAUCCAGCUCCGACGAUCUGGACCGUGCUGGACGGAUGGGCUAUCAACUCCCCCGUCGGUGUUCCCACAGAGCGACAGCGUUUUGUGAAGACGCAUUUGACCGAGGUAGAUAACAUGCUGGAGAUCCUUCUCAGGCUAGUCCGGGGCGAGCGAGCCACCCCCUUUUCCCAAUCUACACCUGCGAUUUCAGCUCCGAGCGUGUCAGGGCCACUUUUGACAGCUCUUUCGCAGUCCUCGUCGCACGGUGCCCAACAGACGCACGUGUCGUUAGCAGUGCUAGCCUUGUUCCAUAUGUCAGUGGACUUUGCGAGGAAGGCUUCUGGUGAGAAGGGGAAGGCAGAGGCCGAGGAGAAGAUGGGCGAAAUAAUUCGAUGUUUGCCAUCCCACCUAUUAUACAAGAGUCUUGACGGGAUGUUCAAGGAGUGGAGAGCGGACAAGAAGGGGAGCCGGUGAUUAGAUAUGGCCGUUCGCUUUGGGGCUAUUCCGUAUUCAUUUUGUACUUAUCGGCCCAAGGUUUAAUGAUGUGACAUGGGCGCGUUCAUAUAUUGUCACGAAGCGUGACACUCUACCGGA